AUGCCCCCAAUUCAAACCAUAGGACAGAAAAUUCUGAAGCACUUCUACAUGGUGAGAAUUUUGAGGAUGCUGGCCCAGGGAGUAUAUCCACAGCAUCUUCCAAGUUUGCUCCAAGCUGGUAUACUUCCUCCUGGGAUGGACCUGACUCAUUUACAGGGAGUAUCUGGCCCAAUCCUGGGUCAACCCUUUUACCCUUUACCAGCCACUAGUCACCCUCUCCUAAACCCUCGUCCUGGGACACCUCUGCAUCUGGCAAUGAGGCAACGGCAGCUACAGUGCCCACUUCUUCAUCCUGCAGGCUCUGGUUCCCAGGCAGCUGCUUUCAGUGUUCCGAUGAUGACUCAGAAUGUGCCCAGCCGGUCAGGCCUGCCUCAGGUGCACUCCCAGCUAGAGCACCGCCCCAGCCAGAGGGGCAGCUCCCCCGUGGGCCUUGUCAAAUGGUGUGGCUCAGAUGUGCUACAGCAGCCCCUGCCCUCUAUGCCCGCCAAAGCCGUCAGUGGAGAUGAACUGGAGUUCCGACGGUGA